GUGGCGGGUGUCGAAAAUCGGGAGGGACAGAAGCAGCGCCCUCCCUCUUGCGAUAACCGCGAGUAGAACAGGUAAACUGGCGUCCGACAUGUCGACCUUGAAUGAAUAUGAAUCGACGAGGUCCUUGAAAUCCUUGUAUUCUUAUCGAAUCCACCUGCCUAACUAAAAGAGCUUAAUAAUUAACACUUAGUUGAUGAAUUGUUCUAGGGAUCAUACAGUUGACGAUGACUGGAUCGUAAAGAAGACCUCUCCUCACGACCGAACCUAACGCACUUUGAUGGUAAUAACAAAUUACUUCGAUAUUAAAAACUAUACCCCAUUACUCAUUGUCAGUCAGUGUCUCGAGGUUAGCCUUGCCAUAUUACAGCAACAAGAGGAGCAGCAAGGAGAGGUUGAUACACCCCUUCUCUCAACACUAGAUAUGAUGGCUUCACCACCAAAAACGGGCCCCUGGCGUCGAGAGUGGGGGUUCCAGACACCUUUGCAUGUGGUGUCGGCCACAUGCUAGGCACCUCAAAUGGGUACCAAUGUGGCAGGUGUGGAGUGCAAAUAGUCAAAACCUUUUCUUCUUGUUACAUUUAAACUGUUCCCAUGUUGAUCGGAUGAACCAGAGUCUAACUCCAAUAUAGAAUUACUUGUUUAAAUGUAAGAUAUAAGCCAACUGGAUUUAAACCGCCAUUUUCGAGGAUGUACGAUAUCAAGGACAUCUAUGUGUUGAAAUCGAGUCAAACCCUGUUACCAUGGAGAAACACGACUUGUUUACGAAGGAGAUUACACGGAUGAAGCGAUUUCCCGUUAAAAAAACGGUACUGCUUCCGGCAAAAACAAUCUCCGGUAAAACUGCACGAAACGAGGUAUCAAAAUGAAGAGUACCUUACAGAUAACAGAGUGUAUCUAUUUCAAAGAAAAAUUGUAAUUGUACAGCGCAGAAGUAAAACAGUAGAUAAUUAUGUAAAAUAUGGUACACCCUAUCGAUUUGAGACACGUUACAGGGUCAAUGUCCUGAGUAAGUCAUAUAGCUAACAUUGUAUUCUUAAGACAUUCUAUGAUGCUGAUCGUCAGUAUUUGCUCUAAUUUGACCUCUAUAAGAUAUUUCAAGAUCAUUGGAAUCGAUCAGGUGUACUGAUAUACAAUUACAGGUAAAAGGGAAGAUCGCGCAAAAAGGAUGCAUUAUCAGACACGAGUAGCUGUUGCCGAGACCUUCACCGAGACCCAGUUGGUCGACAUUGCCCCUGUGUGCGUACCUACCGCACCCCGCCCUGCUGGCGCACAAGCAGCACCAGCACCAGCACCAGCACCAGCACCAGAACCAGUGCCAGGAAUACGAGGAAGAGAGAGAGAGAGAGAGAGAGAGAGAGAGAGGGAGAGAGAGAUGGUAUAUGGCGUCGGUAGGAGAGACCGAAGCAACCCCCUACCGUCGCGAUCGGACGUGCUGAGGCAGCUUCCACCACUCCGUUCAACCCUCUGUUCACCCUGGCCUAGGGAUUGCCUUGCUCCACGUCCCGUAACGUGUUGCUGCCGGCCAAGGGACCAGGAGAGACAGGGUGAGCGGAAUAGGAAGAACAGAGGGGUAGGGUGGUACGCACGCGAGGGUCAAGGAGGGAAAAAGCACAGGAUAGAGGGCUCAAGGGAACUACAGGGGACGCAGGCGCGAACGCAGACGCAUUAAAUCGACGAAACGGCGCCGAGCAUUCCGGCAUCGGCAGACAACGCGGCACGAUCAACCGGAGGUAAUCGUCGUGGAACCUGGGGCUACUUCGUCCUCAACACUUUCAACGCGUAACACCUAUUUAGAACGCGAACAGAAGCUCGAGGAACGUUUAAACCGAUCAUGGGUGUCGUCAAGACUGCGUCCGAGAGCAUCCUCGCGGAAACCGUGAUACCCAGCGAGGAGGCCAAUUACUCCGUGCAAGGUCACGCCGAAGAAUGGACGGAAACGUUCCCGUAUCAACUGUUAGUUGGAACAGGAGUAGCGCUGAUGGCAUUAUUAUUGUUGGCUGCCGUGAGUUUCCAAUGUUCUUCCACCUGGCGAUGGUUAAUGAGGAUGAGACGAAACGUGAAGGAAGAGGAUGCUGAGAGCGAUUUGUCCCAACAAAACGCUAUACGUAUCAGUCAUUCGUUGCCGGACCUUCAAUCAGAACCGAUCACCCACGAAUACGUCCAGGAACAGAAAGACAGCAAGAAGGUGUUACGUCAGACGACUUUACCCAUUGUCCCGAUGAGACAUCAAAGCUUUCAAAGGCAGCUCUCCCAUCGAUUAGACCUUCCAAAUAUCAAGUUCAGCAUUUGUAGCCUGGAGAAUCGUAGCGAUUCUAGUCUUGGAUUAAUUAAGCCGGAACUUUACAAGAAAGAGCUGCUCAAACAGGAUGACGCGGACAGCUCUAGUACCGCUGAAAUGGAGUUCGCCGGAAGUCUGCGUUUUGGUCUGUUCUACGACAAGGAGAUCGAGUCGUUGAUCGUAAAGGUUUUAGAAGCUCGAGACUUACCAGAGAAGGACGUGACAGGAAGUAGCGAUCCCUACGUGAAAGUUUAUCUCCUCCCCGACAGGAAGAAGAAGCAUCAGACUAAGGUGCACCGCAAGAAUUUGAACCCCGUGUUCAACGAGACCUUCAUAUUUAGCGUGUCGUACGAAGAGCUCGGGGAACGAUAUCUUCAAUUUUCGGUAUACGACUUCGAUCGAUUCUCUCGAAACGAUUUGAUAGGACAAGUGGUCGUCAAAGGUUUACUGGAAUGCGCUGAUCUUGAGCACGAACUCGAAUACACAAUGGACAUUAUGCGUACCAUGCAGGAAAAGGUGGAUCUGGGUAAAUUGAUGCUGUCGCUUUGCUACCUUCCGACAGCUGGUCGGCUAACAGUGACCGUAAUUAAAGCUAGAAACCUGAAAGCCAUGGACAUAACAGGAUUGUCGGACCCAUACGUGAAGAUAUACCUGUUGUGCCAGGGCAAGAGGAUCAAGAAGAAGAAGACCACGGUGAAGAAGAACACUCUAUGCCCGGUGUAUAAUGAAAUUCUAGUAUUCGACGUGCCGGCAGAGAACAUCGAAGACGUUAGUCUCAUAAUAAAAGUAAUCGAUUACGACAGAAUUGGAUCGAACGAGUUAAUGGGCUGCACGGCAAUCGGCUCCAGUUUCAUCGGUAUCGGUCGUGACCACUGGCUAGAAAUGCUGGAUAAUCCAAGGAAACCUGUGACGCAAUGGUAUCCUUUGAUGGAAACGGUCGCUGGUCACAUUCCAGCUGUGAAUUCGGAGCCGCUUCCAGUGAGUCUGAGCUGCUUGAACAGUAGAUGAAGACAGUACGGCUGGGAUAAAUAUCGCGGGAAGUCGCAGUUUUUGUCGGACGUCGUUUCGGGCGUUGUUUCCUUCUGUCGUCAUUUAAUGCACAUCGCUUGACUGACUUAAGUACAAUUUCUAUCUCAACAGGCUCGGAUGAAACAGAAGCAAAAUACAAACCAAACAGUAUAAAACUCUGUGCUUUGAAACAUAAUAUAUCGUGCGGUGAGCGUGAAAUAGUAAACGUGCAGUAGACAGUAAUAGAAUGUUUGUAAAGCUUAGUACGAUAUAGAGAGUCGAUGGAAGGACGAGGUUGCUCAAACUACUUUUGAAAAAUAUCCAAGAUGAAAAAACAAAGUAUCCUUAAUAUCGAUAAGAACAUACAAAACGAGAGAAAGAGAGGGAGAGAAUGAGAGUGAGCAAGCGAGAGAGAUUAAACAAAAAAAAAAAAAGAUAGAAUAGUUUAUUUUUUGAAGAAAUGAAUCCAGGCUGGCCCUGUAUUCUAGAAUCGUUUAUCAAUUUCACUGAUCGUAUAUUUUAUCAACGAGAGAGAAACACUGACUCAAUAAGCGGUUGUGAACGAGCAAAUUUUUCCAAUUUUUUCAAUUUCAAAACAUAAAUUUACACAUUCUAUAGACUUGCUCUUCGAUUGAACGACGCGACGGUCAGAUAACAAAAGGGAAUUCAACAAAAUUUCGCGUAUUGGAAAUAAUUGGCGAGCAGAGCAUUGUGGAGUACUAGAGUCUUCGUUGUACGCACAGCUGUUAGUAAUUGUUGCAGUAAGUAAUCGUUGCAUCGCGAAAAAGGGAUCGAAUGUGCACGUUCCUGCUCGAUAUUGCUUCACGAUUGUUUGCAAUGCUUGUCAGUGAUUCGAAGCGUAUUCUACCGUCUUCCUCGACGAGUCGUAUUUGCUUAUGGAUUUCAUUUCAUAUUGAUCAUCGCGCUGAAUGCUGUCGAGACCACCAAUUGCACAUACAACAAAAUUACUAGAAGGUACAAAAAUUUCAAAGGAAUUUUAAGUAGCAUUGUUAUUGCAUUAAUUUCAUAAGUGAAAGAAAAUUAAAGAAAAUCACAAUAAAUGUUUAUUUCGUUGCGCUUAAUCCAUCAAAGAGUUCUGUUGCAAUCCGGUCAUUUCUCCGUACGCCCACGCAACGAGAACGUUUAACCAACCAUCAUAAGCUUCAGUGCGAUUAAAUCUUUUCUAUGCGAAACGUGUAUACUGAUGCCUGCAGGAACGAUAAUUUGGCAAAACACAAAUAGUAGGUACAAAAAUUGUUUUCAAUCCGAUGCAUGAGACCACGAAAGAACGUUCUAAGGACAAUAAAGCCAUGUAAUCCAUAUGUAGACCUUUCUUUAGUCUUCGAAUAGCAAUAUUCCUAACGUUAACGUACACAUAACGCUGUAUCGUUGUUCCACUGUACACUCACGUUCAAAAAUCACAGGAUUCAAGACACUUCAUUUUUUAAAUUAUGAAAAUGAAAGAAGGAACGCGAACUUUGUUAUUUCUAAUUUCCAACACGUCAAAAUUAGUGAAAAUAGUAUUCAAGAUACAUGGAGAAUUUACUCCAUAUUCCGAUCACUUCUUUUUAAAUUUUCGUGAAAUCUCAAUGAAUACUCUAUGAAUUUUGAACGAGAGCGUACAUUGUGUACGCAAAACCGUGUUUAGUAACAACAUCAAUAUUAACAAAUGAAAAGAAAAAAAAACGCAAAAAAAAGGAGACGAAAAAAAGGGAGAAUAGAUGUAGCGAAGCAACGUUUACUAAUUCACGCUCGUACGCAAUUUUCGCGUAAAUGUUCUUAAUUUAACAUGAUACGUGUUUAGGUAUAAAGCUCGUCGAAGGGCACCGUUUGUGAUAACGAGGCCGGAAGCGCGUGCACACGCGCGGGAAUGCGACCCAUACGAGGACGUGUACCAAUAAGUUCACGUUAUAUCUAGGCAAAAUAUCCCGUGUGCUCGAUAAUAGGACGCGUGUGACACGCGUGGAAGGCCACGUCGUAGAGAACAGUAAAUCAACGCGAACGAUGCGUGGCACGUAUGAUAUCGUAACGCGUGCAGCUAUGAUGUAUCGUGAAAAUAUGUACACGUAUACGUGAAAAUUCACUUGAGAUCACGAACAGAGAGAAGUAUGUACAAAAUGGUACGAUUUAAUGAUUUCGUGCAAUCAGUUAACGUUUCGAUGUGGUACAGAUUCUAUAGAAAACCAGAGGAUAUUAUAGUAUACAUGGGCGUCCCUGGAAAGCGGAUGAGCGAAGAGGAAUGUUGAAAUAAUUAAAGAAAUAGUUAAGAAGACAGUAUUAACCCUUUAGGUGCAGAAGGUUUAAAAAGUAGCCAUUUCUUGGUUUCCUAUGGAAACGAAAAGUUCAUGCACGAUAUUCAAGAGCAAUAGUUGGAAUAUUAACGAAAAGCCCUUUGAACACAAAUGAAAUCAAUAAAAAAUAUUAAUUUUAAUUUACAAUGUGUAGCAGCUAAAGGGUUAAACCGAUAUGAUUUAACAAUCGAACGUCGUUACAGUACUCUGUGUUUCAUGUUGCUGAAAGUAUACCCAAUCUGUACCGAAACACGCAUAGCGAAUAGAUUAGUAUCCGACUAAUAACCGAAAAACGGUGAUAAUUAGAAGAAAAUGUGCCAAUACACAGAAAAGUAGUAUUAGUAGCGUAGAAUAGCGAAACGUAGUGCACAAGAUGAACAAAAAGCUUUUAAUGGUUAAUCCUGAAAAUACGUAGCCACACAUAUAUCCAUAUAAAUAUAUAUACAUUUAUGUAUAAUCCUCGUACCAGAUCGUAUCCAGUCAAUUUGAUCGUGGUUGCCCGUGAGGUCGCCUUCUUUUUCUAGAAUACUUGUUGCACUUCUCGUUUUCGCGUUCCAGCGACGCCCAUCGCGGACAAAACUAAUCAAGAUAACUGUAUUUUUCGUACAAAUUGCGAACAUUCUACUACAGACUGAGCUUAUUCGAAUAACUUUCACACGAGCUACGUGGAAACAAAAAAGAAAAAAAAAGAACAAAUGGAAAAGGACACGUAAUUUUGUAAAUUAGAGUAGUCGUACGAAAGGGGUCAACUUGGAGAACAUUUUUUCUACGAACGUAAGGAACGGAUACAAUAGAAAAAAUUGGAUGUUAUUCUAUAGGCUAUCGAACGAUAUAUUUGAUCUGUAUUUAUUUUGAAUACAGAAUACCGUGUCCAAUCGAGGACACCAAGGUGUACUUGACGUCGUCGAACUGUAUUUGAUGUGUCGAUUCUUUUAUUCUAACGUUUUUUGUAUUCGUUUCGAUGUAGUGUUAAUGUGCGUAGCCGUCGAUGUUCGUUCAAGUAAACGUGUGAUUUUGUACGUGAACAUGGUGAUUUGGAGUAACGUUGAUACACGAUAUCGUUCAAUUUCUAUCGUUUGGAUCUGUCCGAGCAACUUCAAUCGCAGCAUCCUCUCGCACUCGACUACCGAUGGGCUGACAAUAAUUAUUUUGAAUUAUCAGAAAAUUUCAAUUCAAUUUAAAUACUAUUUACGAUUCAAAUUUCUUGAAUUUCAGGGGUUUCGAGAAGAUCCUGGAAUUAUUAAAAAUCGUGAAGUUGUAUUAUUAUUCGAACAAUGUUAUUCUGGACCAAUUAUUUGGAUACUACCGUUAUGAUCAAUCAUUACGAAUUGCUUGGAAAUUGGCAGGAUAGAAUAUUGAUUGCCCAUCAACUAUUGACACCGCUGUCGAUACUCUGUGACACGCGUACAUAUCAAUUGCGACGAUGCGGGCUGACAGGUAUCAAUUUCACUGGAUAAUUAUUAUCAGAAGAGCGUGAAAAUCAGCUAGCAGACUAAAGUCUAAUCAACUAAAGUCUAUUCUAAUCAUGAAAGUGACACCGUAAACUUAUUUAACCAAAAACUGCAGGCGAAUCGAGUCAAGGUAACACGGUACCGGUGAUAAUAUGCAUUUUCUAACGAGUAUGUAUUUAUCUAUACUGUAUAUCCGGGCACGCAGCUGUCCAUUCGUGAUUGUGAAUGAAAUAAAUAAAACUCGGUACCAUAUAA